UAUAAGGGCCGGCUAAGCGUCCUUUAUUCCUCCCCGGAGACUUUCGUUAUCUAGCGGCCCUAGAGACCGGAGAACUAGGGAGAGUACUUCCCCCUCCCGUCCGGCAGCCAAGCCUGGCUUAAAAACCUUCGCCACCGGGCGGCGGAAUUACAAAGGAGGCCGUCCGCCUCCUUUGUCCUGGAUUUGGGAGUUGAGCGCCUUCGUCGCCAUUGGCUUUCCUCCCCCAGCUCCAGCCUCUCUCAUCUUGGGAAUCUGCGUCAGAAGUCACUCGCAGUCCCGCCAGCCCAGAAGUAAGGAAAGCUACGGGCAACUCUGAGACCUUGCAAAACAGCUUGCAAGAAAAAUGAAGCUCCCGAUUUUCGUAGUAGAUGCAUUCACAGCAAGAGCAUUUCGUGGGAAUCCUGCUGCUGUUUGCCUCCUAGAAAAUAAAUUGGAUGAAGACUUGCAUCAAAAAAUUGCCCGGGAGAUGAACCUCUCUGAAACUGCUUUUAUCCAAAAACUGAACCCAACAGACAACUUCACACAAAGUUCCUGCUUUGGACUAAGGUGGUUCACACCAGCGAGUGAGGUCCCGCUCUGUGGUCAUGCCACCCUGGCAUCUUCAGCUGUGCUGUUUUACAAAAUAAAAAACACAAAUAACACGCUAACCUUUGUYACUCUGAGUGGGGAACUAAAGGCCAGAAGAGCAGAGGAUGGUAUCAUCCUGGAUUUUCCUCUUUAUCCGACCUACCCACAGGACUUCCAUGAAGUAGAGGACCUGAUAAAGAUGGCCAUAGGCAACACACUGGUCCAGGAUAUCCGCUAUUCUCCAGAUACCCGGAAACUCCUUGUCCGGCUCAGUGAUUCUUAUGAAAGGUCAUUUCUGGAGACUCUGAAAGUGAAAACGGAGAACCUGCUGCAAGUUGAAAACACAGGGAAGGUGCGAGGACUCAUUCUUACCCUAAAAGGAGAGGCUGUCGGGCAGACCCAAGCAUUUGAUUUUUACUCCAGAUAUUUUGCACCAUGGGUUGGUGUGGCUGAAGAUCCUGUAACAGGGUCUGCACACACUGUUCUCGGCAGCUACUGGUCCCAGCAGCUGGGGAAGCAAGAAAUGCAUGCAUUUCAGUGUUCCCCUCGAGGAGGAGAACUGUUCAUUUCACUGCGACCUGAAGGAAGAAUUGACAUUAAGGGUGGUGCUGCCCUUGUCCUGGAGGGCACACUGACAGCCUAGAUACUUGUGCUGUAAUGCUGCUAUCUAUAACAACAAACCAUUGUUUCCAUGUAAGGAAAUAGAAUGGCUGCCUUUAGCAAAUUAGCAUGGUAGUCCACUUAAUUAAUCCUCAUGUUAGGAAGAUAAGACAUGUUGAUGGAAAUUUAGUAAUGCUUCCAGACUAAUUAACUAAUGGCGUUUGAACUGAGUGUAUUUGAAAUGUAAAUAAUGAGUAGCAAAAAAUAAUGUCACUCAUUUUGAUUAUAACUACACAUCAAAGAAUGAGAAAUACAUUUAGUAGAAGUGAAAUUAAACCAUUUAAACUUAGGUGUGAGUACCUUUUGCAGCCAUUUUAAAGGCUCAAUAACUAUGUGGAGUUAGAAAACUAUUUCAUGGUAGAACACUAAGAAAAAGUACAGUAGGCUAUAAAAUGUUUGCAAUGUUAUGCUGUGAAUAUGGAGAAUAUGAAUUUAUGUGCACAAGCAUGGGUUGUGAAGAUAGCAAAGUGAAAAAUAGCUCAUGUGUCGGGAUAAGAAUGGAAGUAACUCUAAUGUAUAUAAAAAUCGUUCACUUCAUUGCUGCCCUCAAGUACAAUAACUAAAAAUUAGGACAUAACCAAAAAUUAAAACAAAAAAAUGUAUAUUCCUGUCAUUGUAAAAUUACACACUAAAAGUAAUGAAAUCUUUUAAUUUUUCCUUUUUUUCUGGUACUAGGGAUUGAACUCAUUUGGGUCCUAUCACUAACCUACAUCCCCAACCCUUUUUGAUUUUUGACUUUGAAGCAAAGUCUCACUAAGUUGCCAAGGGAGGCUUCAAACUUGUGGUUUUCCUGCCACAGCCUCCCAAAUGGCUGGGAUUAUAGGCAUGUGCCACAGUGCUUGGCUAAUCUUUUUUGAUAUGUGACCUUAGAGUGAUAACUUAAAAGGGAUUCUUCUCUUAAUAAAAUGUUUUAACAUAACUUCAUAUUCAGUUAAAUCUAUAAUAUUGAAUACCUAGAGUUGAUUUUGGGAUGGGGAAUGUUUUGAAUUGUUUCAAGUGUUUAACACUGAUGCCAAUUCUUAGCCAUUUCAAGAACCACAGGCUGAUUAGUUAUGUCCCUGUAAAGUCCCUAGUUUUUCACCUUAAUUGCAUUAAAGAGUGAAUUUAUUGUUGCAUUAAUCUUAUGUCUCUUUUGAUUGGCAAUA